CCAAACUGGUUUCAGUUGCUGUCAGACCUUGUUCGGGAUCUGGUCGCGCCUUUUCACACAACCAAGUCGCUGCUCCGUUUUCCAGUUCUGUGCCGAGAUGCUGCUGAUUCCCAUACUGCUGGCCAGCAUUGUGGCUGUUGCGCAGUCUUCCGCCUCCGUGGAGGAGGUCUUUGCGUCGCAUGAGGUGGUGCCCGAUGUCAUUGCCCAGGCACCAAACCAGUUCCUAAAGGUCACCUACAAAGAGGGACUCGUGGCGAAGGAAGGCGUAGAGCUAACGCCCACACAGGUGAAGGAUCAGCCCUUGGUCGAGUGGUCUGCCGCACCCGGCGACUACUACACACUCAUCCUCACCGAUCCAGAUGCGCCCAGUCGCGCCGAGCCAAAGUUCCGCGAGUUCAAGCACUGGGUGGUGGUCAACAUUCCCGGCAACGAUGUGGCCAGCGGCGAUGUAUUGACUGCCUACAUUGGCUCCGGUCCACCCAAGGGUACGGGCCUCCAUCGCUACGUCUUCCUGCUGUACAAGCAGCCCGGCAAGCUGGACUUUAAGGAGAAGCACGUAAGCAACAAGUCGCGUCGCGACAGACCCAGCUUCAAGGCAGCCAAGUUUGCAGAGGAGUAUCAGCUGGGCAAUCCCGUGGCCGGCAACUUCUACCAGGCGCAGUACGAUGACUACGUUCCAGAGCUCCACAAGCAGCUGUCCGAGGAGUAGCACACACACACACACAUCACACUUUGACGC